AUGAACAUGAUAUCCCUCAAUUUCACCCUCUAUCGCUUUGUGUGUGAUAAGGUAACGUUUAGCAACAUCUUUGCAGUUGAUGCUGAGAGCCGGCGCUUCCCCGAGAACUCGCCCUUUUACUGCUGUUGGGCUAUUGUUCCACGGCAACGUGCUGUGUCAACGGUGAAGGCAGCUGAGUGGAGUGGUUGUACACCUGCGUCGUAUUUCAAGUCCCAUGGUAAUGAAAUUGUUCUGCCCUUUAAUAAUGCAGUGGGGACUGUUGACAUUGAGGGGGACACAAAUGUUAUUACCUUUAAUGUGAGACCAUACAGCAACUCGAACGAACCCAUAUCGGUGGUGGCAAAGGGGACUCUCGACCCACGGCCGUAUGUGGGGAGGUCAAACAGGAACUAUGCCAUUAAGCUUCGUGACGUUAGCGGCCAGACGAUUGGUAAACUUCUCUUUGCGCUGGAGGCAAGGGAGGAGUCGGGAUGUGUCAUCAGUACACCGCUGGGAAUAGAUGGUCAGCCUGGUGUGCAUACAGGAUUGUCCAAUAAUCUGUUAAACGCAGUGGGUGUCGGGGCGUCUGCAGGCAACCUUGCCCUAAGGAACCGUAACGAAAAUGGGAGGAAUGGUUAUGGCACUGUUGAUGGAGGGAAGGUCCAAUAUGACAAGAGGGAGCCGUACGCGCAGCGGGAUAACUCUUCAUUUUCGAAUUCUGUUACACCGCAGGCCGGGUCGUUGGAAGGGAUGCCUAUGCAAGCGUUCAAUUGUCUGAGAGCCCCAACCUCCACGUCGGCAACUACCGAAUGCGAUCCCCACUCUUACGUAAAGCUAGAUUUGUGCAUUGAACGGAUUGUUGUCAAGGAUGAUUCCAGCGGGCAAGAAAAUCCUGUACCAUUGCUUCUCGGUGCGAAUUACUACUUGAAGGUACGAUUCGGUGGGGGCGUGUCCACCACCCAGUCUGUUGAGUGCCAGGACCCGAGGAAGAUCACGUACAAAGACCACAUGACGUUCAUAGAGGACGUGUGCAGUAACGACAGGCUGCGUUUUUCACUAUGGGAGAAUGGAAAGCAGGUGGCUGGUUUUUCGUUGAACCCCACGAAGUUUCGUGUUGAUAUUGGUAUGCAGAAGGAGUACGCAAUCCCUUUCAGAUAUUAUCCCACUCGUCAGUCAGCCUUUCUUGAGUUAACUGUGCAGCGCAUGGGAGAGCCAAGCCUUGAGGAUGUUGAGAAGACAAUUGAUUCCUUUCGGGUGGUGCGGGGAAUUCCAUUUGGUGGUAUGAGGUUCAUGGACGAGCAGCUUCAGUUAAGGAGAUCCGAGGGGGAAAGUAGCGAGCAUCUCAACACAAAGACGAUAGGAACUACCAGCGGGCACUCGACAACUAACCUCUCAUCACACACACCGGAAAAGGCAGUCGAGAAGGGUCAGAGGCCCGAGAAACUAUGCAGAGAGGAGUGCGGAAAACAACACACGCCACUUCGCGCUGAGCACUCUUCCCCUCCGGUUGCUGCAGAGAAAAAGGACUUUGGUCAACCUGGGCACCACCAAACCAAAGCCAAAAACGGGGAUAGACAUGAUACCCACACCAAUCCUGCUGUAACCCAACUGGCACCUUCAGAAAGGGUUGGUGAGAACAUUACUAACAGUGUUAAUUCAUCGUUUAUUGUAAAGCAAGUGUCGCCAGUAAGAAAAGGCAGUUCUGCGAAGCGACAUGCUCUGCUGCGUAGGAUGACCGAGGAGGAGGUGGUUCCUGCCUCUGCGAUGCGGCAAUACCCAGGCAAUGAUGCCCCAACGUCUAUGAAAACAGUGGUGAGGAGUAUGGAAACCACACGCUCCGCUUCACCAUUGCGUGUGACAGGGGCCCCUAGGGGAGACCAGCGGCCUCGAAAACUUGAAGAUGAGUAUCAAAGCCUUACGGGAGGAAGUAAAUUGCUGAGCAUGGAGGAUGCUUCGCAACCCCGCCGUAAUUCACCAAGCACCUCACCCGACCAGCGGGUACCCGACAACGCCAUUGACCGUGAGCGGCUGGUGGAUUCACUGCUGCAUCGCAUGAACGGUCGACCAGGAAUGAACACCACUCUGAUGGAGGAAUGGAUGGAGUGGCGACACACAUGUCUUUCCUCUCGCAGUUCUCGAUCAGGGUCGGAAGGGAGUGCGUUCUGCCGUGAAGAUUCCGUUGCGUCUCUGGAAAUUCGCAGUCAUGCCGUAAGCCCCCGCCCAACGAAGUCCCUGUCCCAUGCUGCAGACAUGCGACCAUACACACCUGUUAUCACAAGGCGGGCUGCAUCCGACGGCAGGCCACCAAUCCCGGGCCGAUAG